CCUGGAGUAGAAAACUACUGAACUUAUCUCAUAAACACAACAAAGCACCUGAAACAGAAGACUUAGAUCGUAAAGGAGGAACAUGUUACUAUAUGGAAAAAUCUAAGUCUCAAAGGUACAAAAGUGACGUUUUAAGAAUGAUUUCAGGUGAACCUCAUUAUGUCAGAAAACCAGAAGAAAACAAUGAGAGUGAAGCAUUUAGUUUGAUUACUAAACACUACAAACAUAGCAUUUACCCUUUGUUAUUUAGAAUGAAGUUUUUUUCAAAGCUUUUAUUAGCUGCUGCAAUGAUAAUACUGAUUAAAUUCCUGGUUUUCAGAGAAGACAAAAUACAGGUUCCUAAAGCCACAUACCCAUUUCAAAUGUGCAGUGACCAGUCACAAAAAGAAGCUCAUAGCUCAAAGACUGCUCCUGUCCCAGAUGCACUGAAUCGAAGAAUUGAUGAAAUAUACAACCAAAUUGACAAAAGCAUUCCCAAAAUAAAAUUAGAAAACUUUGAUGAAGCAACAAGUGCAGGAGAAAGCAAGGCUACUAUUGUUAAUCAGAAAGAUGGUUAUUGCCUUGGUGAGCAGCUCUUCGUAAGAGUACAGGCUUAUGAUUAUUUAGGGAACAUGAAGUCCUAUGGGGGAGACUAUUUAAGGGCAAGGAUAUUUUCACCUAAAACCAACAGUAGCGCAAGUGGAAAUAUCACAGACUAUAAUAAUGGAACCUAUUUAAUUGCAUUUACUCUAUUUUGGGAAGGUGAAGUUACUGCCACAGUUUUGUUAAUGCAUCCAAGUGAAGCAGUUUCUGCUUUGUGGCGAGCACGAAAUCAAGGAUUUGCCAACAUCUUGUACACUGGAAAUUUUACGAGUGCUACAAAAUAUGUAAAUAGGGAAUGUGGAUUCCAGCUUGAAACUCAAGAGGAUAUCUGCCAGUAUGCAGACAGAAGGGACCAGGAAGCAUUUUACUGCAUUAAGCCACCAGACUUUCCUUGUGAAGCAUUGACACAUAUGAACUCAGUAAACAGAGACCAUUCUUACCUUUCUGAAGUGGAGAAGCUUCUUCUUAACAGGUCAAACAUUGGUGUGGAAAUUUCUAAAGACUUUAAGACCAUCAGUGUUUCCAGCUGUGGAAAAACACUUAUUCCACCAACCAAAAGUUGUAACAGAGGAUUCUACUAUCCUAUUCCAAGUGGAUAUUUUUCUCAUAAUAUAUGGAAUCCUGUCCACUGCAAAAUGAAUUUAUUUAAUGAAAAUGAAAAGCUCAAGCGUUUCCUUAAGGGAAAAAAGGUUUUCCUUAUUGGGGACUCCACAGUACGGCAAUACAUAAGACAUUUUGCGGAAUCAAUGAAAUUUUUGGAUUAUUUCAAUCACACAGAAGAUGAGAUGCAGUCCUGGCAAAAGACACUUCUAGCAAUUAACCUAGAAAACUUUAUUUUUGUCCAGUGGAAAAAGCACACCUUUCCAUUUGUAAGCAAGACAUUCUACUCAAUAAAAGAAGAUGCUUACAUGGCUCGUCAGAUUGACCAAAUUGGAGGAGGAAUAAACACUAUAAUAAUUCUCACUAUGGGUCAGCAUUUCAGACCUUUCAACUUUCGCAUUUUUAUUAAAGCUGCUUUCAAUGUUCGCAGAGCAAUAGAACGAUUGUUUAUUAGAAGUCCACACACCAAGGUCAUUAUUAAAGAAGAGAAUGCCAGGGAUAUGGACAUUGAUAUGGAAAGGUUUAGUGACUUCCAUGGUCAUAUCCAAUAUCAUGUGCUCAGGGAAAUUUUUCACGGAUUAAAUGUUGGAUUUGUUGAUGCUUUAGACAUGACCAUAGCAUAUGCCUGCAAUGUUAUACAUCCACCGGUAGAAGUUCUUGAGAACAUUAUAAGCAUGUCUUUUACACAAGCUACAGAUUAGUGUUCAGAAUCAUAUUCUCAUCUAAAACUUAUUUUAGAAGUACAGGUAUCGGACCCCUUAUCUGGAAACCCAUUAUCCAGAAAGUUCCAAAUUACGGAGAGGCCAUCUCCCAUAGACACCAUUUUAAUCAAAUUAUUCACAUUUUUAAAAAUGGUUCCUUUUUCUCUGUAAUAAUAAAACAGUACCUUGUUCUUGAUCCCAACUAAGAUAUAAUUAAUUCUUAUUGGAGCCAAAACAACCCUAGUGGGUUUAAUUAUGGUUUAAAUAUUUUUUUUUUUAGCAAACUUAAGGUAGGAGAUCUGAAUUACGGACCCCUUAUCCAGAAAACCCCAGGUCCUGAGAAUUCUGGAUAAUGGGUCCCAUACCUGUACAUGCUGAUCUUAGAGUGCUUUAGUCAUAGUGUCAUUUAAAAUCAUCUGAAAUCUCAAAGCAUUUUCAGCAUGCAUGGAAACAAAUCAGUCAUUACAUUACAUAUAUAGAUUAUAUCAAAUAAAAAAUGCAUUGGCAGACACAAAAAUUCCUUGGCACACAUGGCUGCUCAAGGAUUGCCUGAGUAUUUAGUAGCUCUUGCUGAAGAAAAAUAGAUUGGGGACAAAUCUUGAAGCAGUACAUGUAAGUUUAUUGAGCUCUUAUAUAAGACAUUGGCAAGUUACAAUGGGAUAGUUAUAUAUCACUUCAGUUAGGCUUAAUUUAUAUAAUAAUCAUAUGUCAAGGUGACACAGUUUUAAUUCAUUGUACACUCAUAACAUAUGAGGAGUAAGGGCGAAGACACACAUGACAAUGCAAAAACACAGCAUGAUUAGUUGCAGCUUCUUUUGUAAUAUUCUAUGGUGCAAAAGUUGCCACUAUAAGUCGCCGAAGCUAACUUUUUUAAAAGUUGCCGUGAUUAAUCACCCGUAUGUCUUCGCCCUUAACUGUAAAAUAGGCUUAUACAACUAUCUUAUUAAAGUUAGCCUUGUAUGAAUACAUAGAAGACAACAGAUGAAGUGGUUGUUAGGUCUCAAAGAACAAAGAUGUAGAUUUCUAAGAUCUUGUGAUCUCCCCUGACACAUAGCUGAAUUUAUGAUAACAUCCAUUUGCUGUGUGUUUACCAAGCUGUUCCUUGAGCUGUACAUGGGUGAAAGGAAUAAAUGUAUAUUUAAAAGAAAAAAAAAACAAGACGGCUACCUAAAAGUGAAUAGAAUGGCACAGUUUAACAAAGUUCUUAUUAUAUAUUAUCACUCAGGGCAAUGGCAUUGCCCUGGACUAGUCUAUGAAAUGCAGCCCCCAUGGAUAUAUUUUAGCUUAUUUAUAUAUCCUUUAUUAAAGCUCCUAACUUAAUCACAUCAUGUUUACAAGCACAUACAGUGUAUAUUACAACUGUAAAUGAAGGGUUCUCACUUUUUUUGUUACUGGCCCCUUACCUCGUAAAUAUCUAGCAUACUGUGUAUUUGAAUACAUUUUUUGCAUAAAGUAUUGUUGAUGCUAUUAGAAUAAAAUAUAUUUAUUAAUACAUGUUUAGUUUUACUCCUUAAAAACAAUACAAUUUCAUAUGAAGGCAUGUUGUAAAAAUAAUUGUAUAUGAAAUGUAUUUAUGAAUUCAAGACCUAUAUUUUUAUUUUCAAUCAAUUGUUUUGAUAAUGGAUAGGCUGAAUAGUCACUUUUUAGUAUUCAUUUAAUAAAUAUCAGAAAUGUGAUGAGCACAUUUGUGAGGAAAAUGUAGUUGUUGCAGCAAAAAAAAAAAUGCUGUUGUGUCCAAAAAAAGUUGCAGUUGUGUCAAAUAAGUAAUGUUUCUGGGGAAAAAAAAAUUGCGGCUGUGUCAAAAAAUUUGCACGUGCAGUAGCCACAUUUCUCCAAUUUUUUAGCAGUUUUGCGAAUUCUUUAGCCAACUUAAAUGGGAGAGAUUCAAUCAUCACUAAUUAUGAAUGAUAUGGUAUAGUGUGAGAUAUAUAUCACUAUAUUAGCAUGCCAUCAGCCUUGGGCACCACACUAUAACAGGUCAAAAUGAUUUUCAGCAGUGGAAACCAGCAUUUAUUGUUAUUCGCAUGCCUGCUAUUUCUUUAAAAAGAUGACGUUGUUAAUAAGGUGGCUCCAGCAAGCACCUCUUUCAGCGUCAUUUGAGGCUGUAAUUUCAUACACUAUAUUUAUGGACCGAUUUGUCAAAAUUAAAAUUUGUGACUUUUUUUUUUUUUAGUAGAGUUUUUUCUACUUUAAAUAAAUCACAAUUUUAAAAAUUUGAAU